ACAAAGGAGUUAUUAAAUAUUAUUCUCAACUGGAGAAUGCUGUUAGUUAUGUUAUUAAUAAUGAAACAGAUUUUAAGCGAGCAAGUUAUAUUAGGCAUCAAGUAGCUUUAUUAAAUAAAACAAACAAUACACCAUUUUCUUUAGAGGACAUUUCUGAUGCAUUACAUCUUUAUUCAAAAUCUCGUUCAGUAUCUUUUGAUCUCGUUGAGAAGCUUGUUUUGCCAAGUGUACGAGAGUUACAACGAAUGACAAAAAAAAUAAAUAAACUUGAAGAUACUGAAUAUUUAAAGAUGAUAUUUAAAGAACUUCAGGAAUUUCAAAAAUACUGCUUUAUCUUGGCUGAUGAGGUGUACAUAAAACCUGGGCUACAGUACUCUGGUGGUAUUGUGUAUGGUGAAGCAGAAAAUAUCCAAGAAAAAGCAAAAACAGUUUUAGCACUAAUGCUUCUUUGUCUUUUUGGUGGCCCACGACUUGUUAUAAAAGUUUUUCCAGUUUGUAAAGUUACAACAAAUUUUCAAACAAGCGUGAUAGAAGAAUUAAAUCAACAAAUCAUAAUUGCAGGUGGAAAGCCUCUUGGGUUAAUAAUGGAUAACUGUCGAGUAAACCAAAAAACAUUUCAAAAUUUUAAUGCAAAAAAAGUUCCAGCAUACUAUCUUUUAAAUGACACUGUGCAUAUUUUAAAAUGUAUUCGAAAUAAUUGGAUCACUGAAAAAUUACAAUGUUUAAAAUAUAGAUUGCUAAAUGAUAACGAUACUGUGCGACUUGCAGAAUGGAAAUUUAUAAUUCAACUUCAUGCUGCAGAUAGUGGAAUAGUUAAGUUGUCACCCUUAACACAAAAAGCUGUGUCACCAAAACCAAUUGAACGACAAAAUGUUGGAUUAGUUCUUAAAGUUUUUUGUGAUGAAACAGUUGCAGCAUUACGUGUAAAAUUUCCUGAAGCUGAAGAUACUGCACUUUUUAUUGAAACAGUUGUUAAGUGGUGGCUUAUUGUCAACAGUAAAGCAAAAGGUCUAAAUAUUAGAUUAAAUGAUAUUCGAAGAAAGCCUAUUACUUCAGUCAAUGAUUGGCAAAUAGAUUUCUUAGAGAACCAUAUUUCGUAUUUUGCUAAAAAUUUGAAAUGCGUAAAUUCAAAAUUAAGAGAGAAAAAGUUAACAAUGGAUACUGCAAGUGCUUUGCAAAAAACUUCUAAAAGAUUAGCAAGCUGUGCCAAGUAUUUGUUGAAUUGCGGUGUAUCUUAUAUAUUGUUAGGACAUAUGCAAUCAGAUGCACUAGAAAAACAGUUUUGGAAAUAUUGGCAAGGGUCAGGUGGCACAUAUCUGAUAACUGUGCAAAAUGUUAUUCAAAAAUUUAGAAUCGACAAAACUAGAAAGUUGCUAGACAAGCAUACAGAUUUUACAAUAUUUCCUCCUGCUCACCACCACUGUGAUAAGUGUGAACUUGAUGUGGAGUUUAAUAUGUCAAUAUGUGAAAAUUGUGAGGAUCAGUUGCCAAAUGAAUGCAAACAAGGGCUUUUAUAUAUUGCAGGUUUUAUUGCUUACAAACUUCCAGAAUUACAUUCAAUUUUAGAAGAAACAGACACCUUUGAUAUGUUUCAAAAAUAUGGAACUUUGAUCAGUUCUUUGAACAGGGGAAGACUAAGAGAACCUUCUGACAAUUUAGUCUACUUUGUUUUUUUAUUGUUUUUUUAUAUUUGAAGUGACACUUGUGAAUAAAGUUUCACCAUUGCUGUGCAAGAAAGAAUUAAUUGACAUUUUUAUUAACUGCA